UCGGUCCGUCUGAAAACUAGUCCGGGUCGACUCGUAGGAAACGCGUGCAUUAGUUAAAGCUUAUUUCCUGUUACUAGCAACGUUAAAUAUCGGUUUUAUUGGAUUUCUUGAACUGAAUUUACUGUUUCUUUGGAAUAUAAUUUUAAUUAAAUAUGGCUUUACCGAAUUGCUCGUUGAAGGUUAACAAAGAGCUGCUUGAUACAAGUUUUGAAAGUUACAGGCUUUCACUGGACUCUAUUCCGACUUACAAUGUAGAACUAGACGCAGCUGUGGCUGAGGUUAAACUGAAAGACAGUCAGUACACCCUGGAUCAUGUGAGAGCAUUUGGUAUGUACAACUACCUCCAUAUCGACCCCUGGUAUGAAGACAGCGUCUACUUUGUGGACAGCAAAGGCAGAGUUCUCAAUCUAACAGUCACACUGGACACAGCCUUGGGCAAACCUUGUGAGAUGUUCCGUUUUGAAUCGGACCCAAGCUCUUGUGAGGGGGAGCAGUUGUGUGCUUCUCUGAGCCUGACCUCCGCGACUUGGGCCACGCUCUCUGACGGAACUGGAAAGUUGACUCUUUUGCGCACCAGCAAGAGGGGAGAGAGUUCACAUAUUAAAUGGGAGCCAGUGUUCAGCGAGCGUCUAGGAGAGCCGUUCAUCAUCGUUCACAGCCUGGCUCACAUGCUCUCUAAUGUUCAUACCAUUGAAGUGCUGCUUCUGAGAAUCCAGAAGGAUCCAUCUGAUACCAAAGGGAGCGGUUUCUCAAUCUCACUGGAGUGGAUCACUGUGGACAACUCUGCUGGGGAGGACGAGGAGAGGAAGUAUGGUGUGAGGAAGAGGAGGAUGAUGAAGGGCAAGACUGUCCCACACUACACUGCCGUGGAGCCUCUGGGUAAAGGAAUCAUAGUAGCCUCAGAAAAACCCUUCGCUUUUACUGAGGUGGAUGGACUUCCUCUUGAAGAACCACCUGCUGAGGAUAUGGAGGUGGAGAACUCAGAUCCCAUCUACUUCUGGCAGCAGACAGAAGAGGAUGUCACAGUGUGCGUGCGUUUACCUGAAGGCACCACUAAAGAUGACAUCCGCUUCAAGCUCGCCGUGGACUGCCUCCGUGUUGGAGUAGGAGAUCAUGCACCACUGCUGGAUGGGCAACUGUUCGCUCCUGUAGAUCCUGAGGCCAGCACUUGGGCCAUUAAAGAUGAUAAGAGUUUGGAGGUCAGUCUACAGAAGCGAAGUGAAGGCCCGCUGUGGUCCGAGGUGGUUCUGGGGGACCGGAGAGGAGAGUAUCUAAUGAGUGAUGAACAAAAAUCACAACUUCAACAGAGACUCUCGUAUCUCACUGCUGAAGACCUGAAUCCAAACCCAGAGAAGGACAAGCCCCCUUGCAAUGCCCAGGAACUGGAGGACUGUGACAUGUUUCCUGAAGACAGCUCUACACUGAUGCGCUUUGAUGGUGCCACUCUGAAGCCCACCCAUGUGGUGAGUCUUGGAAGCCAUCAGUUUCUUUUCUCUGUGAAUACUGACCCCUCUGAGAUGCCCGCUUUCUGCUUACGGCAUGAUGUUGAUGCACUGCUCUGGCAGCCCCGUCCCAACCAGGACAACGAUAUAUGGGAGCACAUUUCUACUUUUAACGCACUCGGUUAUGUUCAGGCUUCAAAAAGUUAUCUUUGCGAGUGCCUCAGGCGUGUGUUCAUUUACCGUCAGCCCACGCCGGUCGACACGGUGCUCUUCAACCGGAAACAGGGUCGGCAGGUCGGGCAGGUCGCCAAACAACAGGUAGCCAACCUGGACACCAAUGACCCUGUACUUGGAUUCAGGGCCACUAAUGAAAGACUGUUUGUCCUGACUGCCAACAACUUGUUUGUGCUGAAAGUGAACAAUUAAGAUUCUCCAGUAUUUCUGCUGGAGGAAUUGACACUUCUGCUCUAAGGUUGGUCAGAGGCCGCUUGAGUUCACUGGUGCACAUUCAACUUAUCCAGCACAUGACUGUCAUAUUACAAGACCAAGUUGGUAUGAGUUUUUCUUAUGUAUCAGCAUGUCUGUGUGUGUUAGUAUUUGUCUUAAUAUGUAAAACAUUAAAUUUGAAACAUGCUCAUAUGUUCCUCCAGAGACAUGAUCUAUAGCAUGAAUGUCACAUUGAAUUCCAAUAGAAUGUAAAAUGGAUACAUAAAAUAAACAAGCAUCUGUAAGA